AAUCGAUUUUUUUUGCAACUCUAACCCAACUCUAGUUGAAUUGUUUUGAUUUUUCCCGUAUUAUUCCUCGCACUACCUUUGAAAUGUAUUUUAUUACGAUACAGAUUCCAAACAGGAGUUUUGGCCAAUUGAAAAAUUUAUACAGGUAUAGAGGCAAGAUUUCAGGGUUAAACGAAAGACCAGAUCCAACAGCAAUACCUCAGGACUAUGUGGGACCACCAGAUAAGUUGUCUAACAUACGGCCUUUUGUUAGACAUAUACCAAAGGACGAAACUGAUAAUGAAUCUCGAUUAAGGGUGAUGCAAGAAGAGGUAGAGAAUUGGAAUCACGAAUUCUGGAGCAGACAUAACCAAAGCUUCUACAAUGAACGACAAGAAUUCAUUGGAACGUCUAAAACUGAAGUAUCAGCAGACAAAAUGAGCGAAUUCUACAAGACUUUUUUAGACAAAAAUAGAAAAACUCAUUUGCAGUAUAACUACAUAUGGUAUAAGAAAAAUUUUGAAAUGCUUAAACUAUCUUUUAGAGUUUAUCUUGAACGACUUUUGAGAAAACGUAAAUCUACACUGACACAUUGCAACUUCUCGGCUGCCAUAUUAAAUAUCUACACUACUUUUAACAAAAAAUCAAACAAAAAAAAAGACUUUUUAAUAUAAAAAUGAAAAUGAAAUGAAAAACAUUGGGCGCAUGCAAUACAAUUUAUCAUAUAAUAAAUAAUAUAUAAUUCAUUAACAAUUCCUUUAAUUGACAAUAAGUCUGAGUUUGCUAACACAGGUGUUUUUAGCAUGAGGACCUCGUAAACAGUACCAGCGCAUACCAGUGGUUGCAUUUAUAUGGGGAGAGCGGCCAAAAAUACUUUUAAUG